AUGAGCAAGCGGCCCCGUGUCGAUCCCUCCUCCUUCGCCUCCGCACCCAAGCGCCAGUACGGCGCAGGCGGCGGGUAUGGCGGGCAGCAGGGGUGCUCGGAGGAGCGGAGCAGCGCGCGGCGGGUGGCGGACCACUACAGCGCGCGGUCCAACCAGACGCUCCAGGAGCGCGAGAGCAGCCCCAUCAUCCACCUCAAGAAGCUCAACAACUGGAUAAAGAGUGUUCUGAUCCAGCUGUAUGCACGCCCGGGCCACUGCGUGCUUGAUCUUGCUUGUGGGAAGGGAGGUGAUUUGAUAAAGUGGGAUAAAGCCAACGUUGGGUAUUACGUGGGAGUUGAUAUUGCUGAAGGCUCGGCUCGUUUGGAUGAGUAUUUAUAUGAGGAUGCUCCUUUUGACAUAUGUAGCUGUCAGUUUGCUUUACAUUAUUCGUGGUCAACUGAAGCACGUGCCAGACAAGCCUUGGCAAAUGUGUCUGCAUUGCUUCGUCCUGGAGGCAUUUUUAUCGGGACGAUGCCUGAUGCGAAUGUCAUUAUCAAAAGGCUUCGAGAAUCUGAAGGUUUGGAAUUUGGGAACAGUGUUUACUGGAUUAGCUUUGGUGAAGAGUAUGCUGAAAAGAAAUUCCCUGCAUCCAGACCUUUUGGUACCAAGUACAAGUUUCACUUAGAGGAUGCUGUUGAUUGCCCAGAAUGGGUUGUUCCAUUCCAUCUCUUCAAGUUACUCGCAGAGGAGUAUGAUCUUGAGCUGGUUUUGAUGAAGAACUUCCACGAAUUUGUACACGAGUAUUUGCAAAAGCCAGAGUUUACUGAACUGAUACGGAGGCUGGGUGCCCUUGGUGAUGGAAGGCAGGACCAAAGUACACUGUCACAGGAUGAGUGGGAGGUUUCCUAUCUGUAUCUUGCAUUUGUCCUUCGGAAGCAAGGUCAACCAUCAACCCAACCGAUAGCGAACAACGCAAACAAAGGGAAGAUGUUCCUCACCGAGGGCGACAUUGAGUUUCUUGGGAUGUAA